AUGGCGGGCUCUCCAAGAAACCUCCAGCCGAUCGUGCAUUUUGUCAUCAAUCUUCUCUUCGUCCUUGGCGAAGCGAGCGCCAUCGCUCGCAUAUGGACGAGGUUCGCCAUCCUAAAGAACUUUGGGUGGGAUGACUGGGCGAUGGUGAUCAUUGUGGUCGUCAAUGCCGGCCAGCAUGCGAUUCUCUAUCUCUUCAUCAGCGCUGGCGCCGGGCUGCCACAGGAAGAGGUUUUAGCCGAGGACCCCCGGGCAAUGAGUAGGAUGCUAAAGUAUCUUUUCGCGGAGGAGAUCUGGUAUCUCUUCCUCCAUUUCUGGAUCAAAAUGAGCUUCCUGUUAUUCUUCCUCCGCUUGUCCCGGUCCAAGAGAUUCCGAACGGGUGUAUACUGUGUGAUGGGCGCCAAUGUCUUCGUGACUGUCGGAACCUGGGCUCUGUAUUCGUUGCAGUGCAUCCCCAUCGAAGCCUACUGGUACCCCGAGCGGCAUCCAGAUGUGGUAUGCUUGCCCUUUAGCGUCUCUCUAUGGCUGCCUGCCACGGCGCUCAUCGUCGUCGAUUUUGCCAUCUUCAUUCUUCCCUUGAGCACCGUACUCUCGCUCCAACUAUCGGUAAAACGCCGCCUCCAGGUCUUAGCAGUCAUCACAACCGGUGGCUCCUCGGUUCUCGUCUCUUGUCUCCGGCUCAUCGUCAUCCACAGGUUCACUGUGACUGAUGAUUUCCUCUGGGAGGUCGGCAACAUCUGCAUCGUGUCGGCGGCGGAGAUGGAAGUUGCCAUAUUGGCGUCCAACAUGCCCGCCCUCCGCGCCCUGUGGAAGAAGUUCCGAGACGGCACGCUCGCCUCGACUGGCAAUUCGAAACAGACCCGACCGAGUGGAAACGAACUCACGGGGAACCAGGACUCGCGAAGUCAUCAGUUGACGAACCUCUUCACCAAGAAAUCCUACAGGGGCGCGGAGCGGCUUGGCGACGAUGAUAAGGUCGAAGAGAACAGCUCGACGCGCGAACUUACCAGGCGGACAUCCUCAGAUGCGGAACUGGGAAUGAGAAACGGCGGCUUUGGGUCGAAUAAGCAGGCAAUCUUGGUUACUAGAGAGUACAACGUUAGUGAAGAGGCGCAUGGCGGCAGUCAGCAAGACCAACUCGAUUGGAAUCACCGGAAGGUAGACAUACGCGUCGACCAGUGUCACUGA